CGACGAGAUAUGGUGCAAGUCAGACACGGACAGAAUCGCUGGAUGGAGAGGAAGCGUCUCUCCUUGUGAAUCCUCGCCAUUAUUAUUCUUGUGCAUUUUUCCAUUGUGUCGUGUGACAUAUUUCCUCAUUUCGCAAUAUUCUGUUGGAUUUCCCCGUGAAUAUUUUCAACAUUAGUGCGCAUUGUCGAACAUUUUACAAACCGCAGACAAAGAGAACCUCCGCCAUUAUACACCGAAUUUCUAAUAAGUACCUUUGCCCAUUAGUUGGACAUUUUCGACUAAUUACAGUGAAGAUUGUGAUGUGAUUUGAUGUGUGAAUACAAAAUUAACUUAGUGUCCAGCACAUCCAUUCCCAUCAAGAGUCCAAAGAGAGCAGAAUAAGGACUGAAGUGUGUGGGAGGAAUUAAAGGAUAAUGAGAAGUGGUGCAGAAAGCAGUGAAUCAUAGCGAAUUAUAAAGUGCAAAGUACAGUCCUGUGAUGUAUUUGUGGCUGAGCUUGAGAUGAGGGUAGAGAAAAACGUUUAUUUGUGGCAGGCGAGAGGAUAAAUUUUUGGGGUUUCAACGAUACAGAAAAGAAGUGUGUUGACGAAAAAGGAGGCGAAAUAGGGAGCGAGACAGAAAGUGAAAGAGGGACGAAAAAAGCAGAAGAGAUGCAUUCGCCAGUUCGAUCAUCGCCAUUGGAUUUACGACCCGCCCUUUCGGCAUCACCGACGCAAAUUGGAAAUGACAAGCCACGACCACCGCUGGUGAAACCGCCCUAUUCCUACAUCGCCCUAAUCACAAUGGCCAUUCUCCAGUCACCCCAAAAGAAGCUCACCCUCAGCGGCAUCUGCGAGUUCAUUAUGACACGGUUUCCCUACUAUAAGGAAAAAUUUCCAGCGUGGCAGAAUUCCAUAAGGCACAACCUCAGUCUCAAUGAUUGCUUUAUCAAAGUUCCACGCGAACCGGGAAACCCAGGAAAGGGGAACUUCUGGACUCUGGAUCCCCUGGCGGAGGAUAUGUUCGACAAUGGAAGCUUCCUGCGCCGUCGGAAACGAUACAAGCGGACAAAUAUUCCGCAGGGUUUGUCUUUUCCCUCAGUCUUCAGCACUUUCACCCCGUUCUGGGUGAGGAAACCCGUGCCCAUCUUGCCAGCUCAAAUUGACGCUUCUCGCUUCUCCAGCUACAUUGAGAACUACGAGAUCUUCGCCCACAGACAAGAGCUUCUCCAGGGUGCGGAUUACAGCAUGUCUCCUGAGGUGAAUCACUACAAACCGCACGAGAUCAAGGCGGAAAUUCCGGGCAAUUCCUCCCCGUCCGCGAAAAUGCCCAUGCGAAAGGGCUUCGAGGGCUGUCGAAACUACUCCUCAGUCCUCAACAUUUUGUCUCGCAACAGCGAGGCCAACAGGAAGGAGUUCCUGGAGAACAUCGAGAGAUCCACAGGCAUCUUCUGCAAUCGCUCACUGCCGCCGGACGUGGGCGCGUAUGCCAAGGAGACGAAGCUGGAGGACGCUCACACGUCAUUCAUGCGCCCUGAGAUUCACAGUGACUUCGCCACGUGCGAUGGCUCCAAUGAUAAGAUCGAUGUUGAGAGUGAAAGUGACUCAGAGGGAGAGAUUAAGAGGAAUUUCAUACCCUUCGACGGAUACAGUCACAAUCCCAUCCAUUAUCAGGCAACUCCCGUGAGCUGUGGCGUGUUGCCGCGCGACAGAGAUGAUAAGAAUCCCACCUUGCAGCCGGAGAAUCUCGUCAACACAGAGAUGGCGCAGAAUUUGAGCGCCAAGCCUGGCAAUCUUGUCAAGAAUCCCACAUACGAUGAGUUGCUGGGUAUCUGCUCGAACUUCUCCAAUCGCUACGCCACCGUGACAAACUUCCAGGAGAUCAGUAAAGCCCGAGAAGAGGAGAUUCCGCACAUCAGGGACGAGAAGAUCAACGCAGAGACGCCCCACAGAGAUGAUCAAGACACCACAAUUCUGGAGUCCAACAUCCUCACGAAGAAGCGGAAGUACGCAAAUGUGAAGGGCUUUAGCAUAGAAAAUCUAAUAGGGCAGGCAAUCGAUGAGACAUGAAAGCGCCACACUUGAGUGAAUCUCCAACAUCAAUUACACUUCCCUCACUUUUUUUCUCUGGAGAGGAAACUUUCGCCCCGAAAACGUCGCUGAGCUGAUGGAGAUGAAAGACGGGCGAAGAACUUUAAGAGGAGAACACCAUUGGAAAUUUCUCCCUUCAAGAUGCGGAGAGACUAAGAUGAAGCAUUUCCCUUUUGCAUCUCAGAUACAUAACAAAUGUACAUAGGAUAUAUAGACAUUCGCAAUUCUCCCCUUCGUUCAUGUAUGUUUUAGCAAUGUGAUGUGUAUAUAAGGAUUGGAUUGAUAUGUGAAACUCUCUUUCUUAGAAUAUGGAAGAAAAUGGAAAAAAAACUUGUCUUUGUGAAAUGUAUAAGAUAAUUAUGUAAUUGAAUGUAGUUUUCAGAGAGAAAUUCCACUUUAAGGCAUAUAAAAAAUUGUAUGUAAGAGUCAUUCGCAAAAAUGGAAACCUUCUCAGUAAUUCAUUAUAUUAUAAAGUGCAGAGAGAAAA